UUCAUAGUCGAUGGUUCGCAAAGUCUACGGGGCCUACUCGACUGAAGACACGGCGACGACAGCGUUCUCGAGCGAGCUUCACGCAACAGGAGAGAGCACUCGGAAAGCGUCGAGACCCAAGUUCGAUAGCUUAUCGCGUCAGAAAUUGUUUGCGCCGUCCGUAGUCAGCGUCUGCAUCAUGAAAUACUUCGCUUCUGCGUAGUAAUUUCGGGUUUUAGACUGCUCAGUGUGUGUUAGGUGCCAAGAACAGAUCCAGCUUCUUCGAUGGAUUUUGCACAAUAACACGGUGCAGUUGACUACUUCUUUCCACUUCUUCAUUUCGUUGUUCCACACUGAUGAAUGGUUUGCUGCUCGGUCGUCUUUGUUCUCAUCACAACUCUUAGCUUUCGUCGUACGUUUUAGCUGAGACAAAGAAAGACAGAGAGAGAGUGAAAGAGAGAAAGCGCGAAGAAGAAAGAAGUUUCUGAAGUUUCUGAAGUUUCUAAAGUCUGAAGAUACACGCAUCGCAUAAAGCGCGAAAAUGAGUGUCAUAAUCAGACUGCAAAACCUGGCAUGGUCCGCCAACGCAUUGGACAUACGCCAGUUCUUCAGAGGAUUGAGCAUUCCAGAGGGAGGAGUUCACAUCGUCGGCGGCGAGCUGGGAGAUGCGUUCAUUGCAUUCAGUACCGACGAGGAUGCCCGGCAGGCGAUGAUGCACGACGGCGGCAAGAUCAAGGAGAUGAAGAUCAAGCUGUUGCUGAGCUCGCGCACAGAGAUGCAGAAGGUUAUCGAGGCUGCGCGACAACAGACGUUGAAUCUGCAGAGCUUCAUGCAGGCACCGGUGGCGGUACCGCCGGUGGUCCAGACGAAGCCGGGCUCGCCGAACGAGAGACGGGACAAGGAGAGCGAGAACGAGGUCAACAAGGAGCGGAAGGAGCGACGCGACAGGUCGAGAUCGCGAGACAGAUCGCGGUCGCGCGAUCGCGACAGGGACAGAGAUCGGCGCGAUCGCGAUCGAGGAAGGGACCGACGACGGCGAGACCGCAGCAGAUCUCGGGACCGGGAGCGCGACAGGAGGGACCGACGGCGUCGACGCGAUCGCUCCAGGUCACGAGAUCGCACGAGGUCGCGCGACCGCGACUCGAAGAGGAACUCCACGGGUGAUCGGCGCAAGGAAGCCAGUGAGGACGACAACAACGACGUCGUAUGCGUCGGCCAGUUUCACAAAGACAAGCCGGCGGCUGGCGCGAAGAAGCCGCUCGAAAAUGGUAUCUGGGAGGUGCCGCCGCAAACGCAGAUGCAGGCUGCUCUGUUGGCGCCGGGUAUCCUCGGGGCUGGGGUCGCGGCUCUGUCUCAGGACUCGGAACAGCGAUCUAUAGGCUUCGGCACGCCGGUGAUCGGCCAACAGCCGAUGCUGCAGUCGGGCCAGUUUUCCAUCAACGGCCUCAACGGCGUGAGCAACCUGAUGCAGCCGCACGUACAGACUCUGGGACACACAGUGGGUAUAACGCCACUGUCGCAGAACUUGAACAGCGGUAGCCUGGGCACCCUGACGCGUCCCAAGGAGCCUUGGAGCCAGGGCGAGCAAAGCAGACUAGAUCAGACGCGAUUUCCCGGAAGGUCGAAUCAGUUCAACAGCCAGGAGUACAACGCCAACGGCAACUAUCGCGGGGUCAGGCCGAAUAAUCCUUUCAUAAACAAGGUGCAAGAGCUCGAGGGCCGUCGAAACCCGCACGCAUUCCAGUCCGGCUCCCCCGGCUACGGAAACUUCGAGAACGAGCGCCAAACGUCCGGCAGGAAGUCCGGCAACUCGAGAUUCUCCGACAACAAGAGCAGCAGCGGCAACGGCCACUGCGUCGAGGUGCGCAACAUGCCGUUGAACGCGACCUACGCGGAUCUGCGCCACGCUUUCCAAGGUAUCUACAUCCGUAAGGACGGCAUGAAGAUCAUCAAUGACAAUCACGGCAACCGAGUGGGCAUCGCGUAUGUAAAGUUUGGCAAAGCUGAGGGCAAGGAACUCGCGCUCAGCACGACGAGAUACGUACGAGGCUCCGAGAUAGAGGUGCUGCACCUCGAUGAGAGCAUCUUCGAUAAGACCGCGAAUUCCUACUCACCCGAUAAGGAGAGGCCGGAAGACAGUUCCGAGGGCGACAUCAGAAACUCCACCUGCAUCCUGCUGACCGACCUGCCUUCCUUCACCAAGGAGAUGGACAUAGCCAAGCUGUUCCACGAGUGGAAGAUCAACGAUCUCUUCAUCACCAAUACCAAGGAGGGUAGCACCACUCAGUACAUAGCUUACGUGCAAUUCGCGCGGCUGGAGGACGCCAAAUCGUCGCUCACCGCGUCACUCAAGAUAGGCAACAAGCAGGUGACCGCGACCGCCAUUAGCGAGGACACGUUCUCGCAGGCGAAGCGCGAACACGAGCAAGCGAGCAUGAACCAGCCCGCGUCGUCGGACUGCAUUAUCAUGCGCGGCCUGCCGUUCCAGACGAUCGACCGCGAUAUUUUGGACUUCUUCUCGGACAUCGGCAUCGUGCCGCAUCGUAUUCACAUGAUGCUCAAUCAGAACGGCAAGCCGGCUGGCGAAUGCUUCUGUGAGUUCGACACGGCUGACGAAGCGCUGCGCGCCACUGCCAAGAACGGUCUGCCAUUCGGCAAGAACGUACCCACCAUCGAGCUGAUGCCGCGCGCCAAAAUGCUUGAGACCCUCGGCAUGGUGGAUCCCCAGCAAAUGAUGGAGGCGCAGCAGCAGCACUUCCCACCGAUCCAGGAGCAGAGGCCGCGCUUCGCCGGCCCUAUGGGCCAUCUGCCGCCGCGUUUCGGCAACUCCGGCUUCGGGCCCAGGUGUCCACCCGGGAUGAUGGGCAUGCCGCGGCACAUGAUGGGCCGCCAUCCGCCCGCCAUGGACUACGUCGAGGGCUUCGGCAAACCCGGCUGCGUGCUCUCGUUGGAGAACGUGCCGUUCAAAGCGGACAUCAACGAGAUCAUCGACUUCUUCGGCGACUUCGACGUGAAGCGGGAAAACGUGAUUCGCCGGUACAACGAGAGAGGUAUGCCCACGGGUGACGCACGGGUGGCUUUCUCGUCUCCGAGUGAGGCGCAACGGGCUCUGCGAGAGCUCAAGCACUGCAAGAUGAGGGAACGCACGAUAUACAUGAAGCUAGCGUGAGUCUUGCCGCUCAGUCAGGUGAACCGUUGUAUCGAUGGACUCCUAAGAGGACUCGGUUGAGCUCCGGAUGAGUCAUUGUGUUCGCACGGCUAAAGUCCUGUCGAAUGUGUCGCCGAGGAUAAGGUGUGCUUCCUGAGAACCAGAAUCCAGUCAUCCUCGCCAGCACUUGCGAACAGAGCGCACAGUAGAAACACCGUGCGAUGCUGACCGUCUUUUUCGUGUACGGAAGACAGUAUUUUCUCAUUAGAAAUCUCCCUUGCGACAUGAAAUUUCGCAAAUCUUUGCGUCCCCUUGUGAGAUACUCUUCUACUGGCGUGUACAUAGAACGUAGAUUUUUUAAGAUGUUUAACACAGAGAUGAGCACCGUGGUAUCGCUCGGAUUUCUUCUGUGGUCGAAGAAAUCCGACACUCUUGACGUUGGGAAAACUAUGUACGUGCGGCAUUCGCAAUGACAAAUGGAGAAUUAUUCGUCGUUGAAAAUGUUUCUCGCACGACAACAGAGAUGUUCGCGCUCUAUAUUCAUAAGUAGAAUACGUUAAUUGACGCCCGAGAUCGAAUGGGCGAACCGCAAUAUUACUGAUAUCGCCGAGAUCUCGUUACUUUGUUGUCAAACGGGACAAUUCACGAAACUUUUGCGAUGGAACCUCUCUUGAUGAACUCGAUGAUCGAAGGGAGACUUGAACAGGAUUGGGUGAUUCUCUCUGUUUAAAGUGAUGGAUACAAAACCCAAUAACAUUAUACAAGGUUCAGUCUGAAUUUCAAGUUAAAUGUGAAUUUUAACUCAAUGUGAAUCAAUGAGAUGAUAAUCGACUUACAUUGAAAUUCAAACUGAACGUAAUGCAAUCUUACAGUUUUGUAUCGAUCAUUUUGAGCAGAGUUACGAUUAUUUCGGCUAAUAGAGUGAAACACCCAAUUAUCGACAUCCAUUAAUCUUGGUCAUUGAAGCUCUAGAAAAAGAACUAGAUGUUUUAUGCGACCAACAUUGCAGUUGAAUUUUUUGCCUCUGCACUCAAUGAUUCCAGAAGAAAACUUCGCAACUAAAACUAUAAACAAUCAUCAUUGAUCGUAAGGAAAACCUAGGCUCUUUCAGGGGCGGUUUUUCAAUGAUAGUUUAAACUUAGAUUUCAAGUUAAACUCUGUUUAAAUAAAACAAAUGCAAAUAAACUGCUAUUGAAAAACCGGCUCUCAGAGUGUCAAUGACUGAAGGAGAUCAAUGAUUUGGUGUUAAUGAUUGAGCGUUUUUUUGCCCUAUUCGAAGUUACACGGCAUCCUCUUUGGAAUCUAUUACUGUUAAGAAUUUGUUCGAUGAGGGACUGGGACGGCCACGACAUAAUUAUUUUUUUGAUUACAACCACGAUGUUGUAUUCACGACGACGAAUGCGAUUACACGAUUUAUACCACAUGUUGUCCGAAUAAAUUAUAUAUAUAUAUAUAUAUAUAAUUUAUACAUUAUAUUACAUUAUAUGUGUAUACAUAUCUGACACACGUCUUUUACACAAGUCUUCUACAAUACUCGUUAUGUUUUCACGCAAAAUAACAAUGUAUAAUGUAAUAUAACACAAGUGUCAUCGCAUUUGGAGAAAUGUCGUUAGAUUCUUCCCGUUAUCAUCGUCUCCACCGCCUGUGUGUUAGUCGGCAUUAUGAGUUUGACGAUGUUUAUCUGAAUCAUAUUCCAAUACACAGCUACACGCUAUUCUAAUCGUCUCUUUACUGCCGAUACCCUAAAAUUCAUCGAAAUAAUUUCUGAAUACUUAUCUGAUUAAGUAUUUGCUGCAUCAACUGACUGCGUCAACAAUUCUACGUUAUAGCCAAUUUACAUUAGAGAAGUCAGGAAGUAGUAACUAGCGUUAAAAUUUUUUUGUGUACCGGUAACUUUGAAGAGUCGUCCGUUAUUGAAUAAUUGCGUUACUCUCUCAGCGACGAUGUACCGUCGACAAUAGGCUCGAUGUUGCGUUUAUUUUGCGAGCACUUGAGAGUGUAGACAAAGAUACAAGAUCAUUCCCACUUUCUGACGCGUAAGGUAAAAUAAUCAGUUGCACUCGUUUGAUUACACCGAAUCGUUGACACUUCAACGAUUGCCUUAGAUCGAGCAUGUUGUGAUACGUGCUUAUGAACAUUGCAAUACCAAAUAAUAUCUCGAUUACGGAAACAGCGCGAAAGCAGAGUACAAAGUUAGCGAUUUAGGCGAUUGGGUUUGCUUUGCGUUUACUGUAACGAUACCAGAACGAGCGUAAUAAUAAUGAUACCAAUCUGGGAUAAGAGACCCGACGAAGGACCCGCAGUCACUUUUCUUAUGCGUGCGAACGAGAGUAUAAUUGUUACAUGUACUAUAAGAUUGUAUGCGCAGGGUACACCGUAAUCGUGCUCACGAUUUUCGGAGCACUAGCAAUAAUACGAUAAAAGAAGAAUUGCAAGCCAAGCUUGGUGUCAAUCUUGAGCAACGGAUAUAUAAUACGUGAUAAGUUGUAAUUACGGAAGGGAGAAUGUUCCUCAGUCUUCAAGAUGUCUUCCUCAGUGAAGACAUUUUUUUGCAAAUAAAACCUGUGCUCAAGUGAUAACGCUUGAUUGCAAUUUGUUCUCGUUUUUUCACCGCAAGUGCCCCAAAAGUCGCGCGAUCAUUACGACGGGUAUCCUGAGAAAUUAUGCGACACAUAAUUUCAUGCAACGGCAUAUGCGUCUAUCCCGUAUGACUGAAUGUAAAGUAAUUUUUAAGAAAAAAAAAAAGGAAAUUUUACCAAUAAAUCUAAAGCACAUUACACGGACACUUAUCAUUAAUGUUACGUUACAAUAACGAGCACUUAAAGACUUCAAUAAAUUUGUAUUUAAAUCUGA